CGCUGCUGAUCUAAUAUUUAAAAUGAAAUUGAUUUGGUUUAUUUCAAUUUUGUUUGGUCUGGCCUUAAGCCACGUCAAUGCCAAUUGUUCGGCUGAUUGUCCCGAUACUGAGGAUGUAGUGUGGGCACUCGGCGGGGGCAGUUGUAGUGUCUUCCGUAAUAAGUGUUUCUUUGACAAGGAGAACUGCCAGCGCAAGCCAGCUCUGACUAUUGCCACCAAGGAGGAGUGCCAAAAGUUGUGUCCCGAUAUUUGCCCACAGAUAUAUCAGCCGGUCUCAGGCACCUACAAGGGCCAAGUACGAAACUUUGGAAAUGCAUGCGAAAAGAUUGUACAUAGCUGCAAAACUGGCGAGACAUUCUUGGACUGAGCAUAGAAAUCCGACUUCUUAACGUUUUAAUAAACAGCUUGUGAAAAAAAAAGAAAAAAAA